AGAGAGCACUCGAGGAGCACUUCACACUUUCUAACCUGACGAAUGGUGUCUUCCAUGGAUUCCUUGUUUGUUAAGGCACAACAUACGUCCCUGCCGAAAUCCCUGCGUCCCACCUCUCCACCACCAGACAAUGUCCCAAAGCAUAAGCACAUCAAGGAUCUCAAGCUAAGAACCAAAUUAAACCGCCAGGCAGUUCAUGUUGCGCGGUCAAAAGCACUCGUCGAAGAUGCUGAGCUGUUAUUGGCGAGCGAGGCAGGGAAAAUGCAGGUGGAGAACGAGCUAGAACGAACGUGGAGAAUAGGUGCUGGUCAGGAGGCUGCCAAGGGACGACGGGAGCUGAAGUUGGAUGGUGACAUCUUGCCUAUUGUCGGCAGCAUGGGUCAUGUCGCGACUUUUGACUGGCAAACAGGAACCAUGCAUGCUGAGCUUCAGCUGCAGGAAACAUGUCGUGAUAUCACAUUCUUGCAGGAUCAAUCAUUCUUUGCAGUCGCCCAAAAAAAAUAUGUAUUUAUAUACGACCGCGAUGGUGUCGAACUACACCGAUUGAAAGCUCACAUCGAACCUACGCGACUAGAAUUUCUUCCAUAUCACUGGUUGCUCGCUAGUGUGGGAAAUACUGGAUUUCUAAAAUAUCAAGACACCUCCACAGGUCACAUCGUUGCAGAGCAUCGAACCAAGCUUGGCGCAUGUAAUACACUAGCACAAAAUAAACACAACGCAGUGUUACACCUCGGUCACUCUAAUGGCGUUGUCAGCCUCUGGACGCCAAACCUGCCCCAUCCUGCUGUACAAAUAUUAGCACAUCUCGGUCCAGUUGUGGGUCUGAGCGUCGAUCAGAGCUCCGGUGGGCGUUUUAUGGCAACGUCAGGCCAGGAUGGUGUCGUAAAGGUCUGGGACUGUCGGAAUUGGAAGGGCACUGUGCGGGAGUGGACGACAAGAGGUGGUGGCGCUGAGCUAGAAUGGAGUGCAAGGGGCGCGUUAGGCGUGGCAGUAGGUGGAAGUGUCAACAUUUACACAAAACCGUCAAUACAGACCCCGCAUGCGGCAAAAGCUCCGCCACCACUUUACCUCACUCACCCAAUACCACAUCGACCGCUUACUUCGGUACGAUUUUGCCCCUUCCAGGAUAUCCUUACGAUUGGACACAAUGCCUGGUCUCCAAACUUCGAUAGCACGGAAGCCGAUCCAUUCGAGAACAAAAAGGCAAGAAGGGAGAGAGAAGUCAAAGGUCUGUUGGACAAGAUUCAACCGGAUAUGAUCGCACUGGACCCCGAUUUUGUCGGAUCCCUCGCUCCGACGACAAAAUUAACGACUGCUGUCAACGACACGCAUGACAUUCCCUUCGGUCGUCUCCCUCGCCUCGAAAGACUACGCAUCCAGGGUAAAGCGGAUGAAACGGAAGCUUGCGAAGGGGACAAGAAUGACAAACCGCAGUCACGAGCGGAGAAAGAGAAGCGGAAAAUGCGCGGCAAGGGCAAGAGUGUCAAAAGAUAUCUCCGGAAGCAGCGCAAGAACGUCAUCGAUCCCACUGCGCAACGGGAGGAAAAGCGCGUGGCGAAGGCUAUCGAGAAGGGUCAGAUGGAGGCGCGCCAACCAUCGGCGCUUGAUCGAUUUAGACGACCGUGAUGGCAUUUGGUCCUUGGAGCAAUAUAUAUAUGUAGUCCAUUGGAGGGCUU